AUGUUACCUGUCAGAGCCAGCAUGCCAAAGAAGAAAAGUAUGGUGCCCAACUUGAUGGAGAAGAGCCUGGUGGUCCUCCAGAGAGUGGCCAGCCGGGAAGACCAGACCCCGGAACGGAAACUUCACCGCAAGCAGCAUGCCCUCAGCAGGUCGGCCCAGGCUGCCGGCUGCUGCUGCAGGAAGACGCUCGGCGAUUAUAACCACGAUGCCAGCCUGGAGGACAGUGGCUUUGUGUCUGAAGUGGAGGAGCUUUGGAGAAAGUUUCUCACGCGUCCCAGCUGCCCCCAGUUCAGCACCAGGUCCACGUCCAUGACCCACUAUGGCCCAGCCACCACACUCGCUCUGCCGGAGGAGCUGUGCUUCGACUCUGAGCCCCGGAUGAUGACCGAGGACCUGCUCUCUGGCCAGCAGGGCUUGGACGUGCAGGUGGACGGCCUCCUCCGUCCCUUCAGUAAGAGCGCCUGCGAGUUCAGUUACCUGCGGAAGAGGAGUGCACCCCAGGUGCUGAGCCCGGCCUCCAGCAGCCCGGCCCUGGCGCAGAGCGACCUGAGGAAGAGGGUGCCCUGGUACAUCUCUGUCAUCCAUGAGAAGGAUCACUGCCUGCUCACGCUCGGGGAGGAAGUCCGGCGCCUCUCCGAGCUGGAGAUGCAGGUUCAGAAGAAAGACCAGGAGAUCCUGGCUCUCCAGGAGGAGAGGGAGGCCUUGAAGAGGCAGCUGAGAUCCCUCCUGAAGGGCACAGGCCAGGAGGCCUUGCUCAACCAGGGCACCAGGGUGAGCAGACGGCUGGCCUCUGGGGCACCCCCUCCAGCCCCUAAGCGGCCCUCGGAGUGCGUGUCAAAGCCACAGAAGAGGCAGAGCACCGUGAAAACCACGGGGGACGAGGCGGAGCUGGAACCCGGGAGGCAGAUGCAGGAAGAGUUCUCUGUGACCAUGACUGACAGAGGCCAGGUCCCAGAAGGAGGCGGCCUCGAGGAGGAAGAAGGCCUGGAAGGGGAGGCUGAGAGGGCGGCGGCGGACAAGGGAGGGAGGGGCAGUGGGAGCAAGAAGGGGACUCUGCAGGAGAAGGGAGGCGAGGAGGAGGUGGAGGAGGAGGAGGAGGAGGAGGAGGUGAUGGAGGAAGAGGAGUCAGGGGUGGAACUGGAGGAGGAGAAGGAAGUCCCGGAGGACGAGAUUGUCGGCAGGAGGAGGGCUGGCUCCCUGGACGACACCUUUGAGGAGGAGCUGAUGGCCCAGCUGGAGGAGUACGAGCAGUUGAUACAGGAGUUCCAGUUCCAGCUGGAGAUCACCCGGACCAGAUACUCCCUGGCCACAGGAGUCAUCAAGUCCCUGCAGCAACAAGUGGAGCGCCAAGCGUCCCAGCUGCAGGCGGUCAGCACGGAGAACGAGCUGCUGCAGAAGGAGCUGCGGGCGCGGAAGCACCAGCUGCAGGCCAUGUCCGACAAGUUCUCCAGCCUCCGGGAGGACAAGAAGCACCAGGAGAUGAUGGGCCUCAUUGAGAAAGACAACCUCCUUCUCCAACAGCAAGUGUGGGACCUGGAGCGAGAACUUGCCAAGCGGGAGCAGGCCAUCUCGGGCUCGGAGGCCAGGAUCAGCCAGCUGCAGGCCCAGGUGAGCCAGCAGCACGACCACCUGCAGAGGCGGAAGCAGCUGCAGGAGGAGGCGCAGGACAAGAAGGAGCAGAUCCAGCAGGCAGAGCAGCAGGCCCGCGUGGCCCUGGAGAGCGCCCAGGCCCGGCUCGAAAGACUGAGAAACAAGAUCAUCCAGGCUGCCUUUAAUGCCGUCGGGGUCAAGUCCUUGGCCACAGAGAUCUCUGACAGUGACAUCCUGGAGGCCCUGCAGAGGAUCAUCUCAGAGAGAACUGACUACUACAACCAGCUGAAACAGAAGGGUGUCAAAAUGCCCCCCCUGCAGCAGCUGGAGAUCAGAGCCUCGCCCAGCAAGUCCAAGAAGAUAACCUCCAAGUAGCCCCAGCCGGGACCCCCGGCACGGCCAGCCCAGGGGAGGCCA